CGAGUCACACAUGUUAUUAAUCUGAUCCGAAUUUUCGAUCCUCGUUCCUAACUCACUGACAUACCUCUUGGUCAAGGAUAGCGAUGGCGGGAGUCAAGCGGAAACUCGACGCCUCCCAAGGGUCUGCUGCAGCGGCUUCCGGUGGGAAUUCUACAAACCCUGGUGCCCCCCACAGCACUGCUAACUCUACUGCUGAUGACACAUCUCAUGUUCGCGUAACUCGAAGCUUACGUUCCAGUCGAGAUGCACGGGCCAAUCAUAAUGAUGGUCGCAAUCACAGCAACGCUUCCGCUGUGAGUGGAAGCAGCAACAACCACAGCGGCAACACAUAUAAGCCUAAUCCUAACCGGCCAUCACGUAUCAUUACUCUUAGCACGCGCGUUGCUCGGGCCAACACCGCAGCUCGUGAGCGCGAACAAGCAGCGCGGGAUCAAGCUCUUCGCGAGAACGUACCUCGUGAAACGCGCAACACUCGAACUCGUGCAAGUGCUUCGUUGCCUUCCCAAUCAGUGGAAGGUCCUGUGGCAACUGUCCCCGAAACCCCACGGCACAAACGUGUGAAACGGGGCCCUAUGGUGGAAGAAACACCGAGAACCACACGACAAUCAGCCCGGCUCAAAGCACAUGUCCCACCGAACUCGACAGAAGACGGGGUUGCUGAAUCAGGCCCGGCACCGAAAGUAUCAGAGCCCAGUCCUUCGGCAAUCGCUGCUCCAAAAAGUCGUACCAGGAACAAAAGCCGACAAUUUGCAGACAGUAGCAAUGACACCACAUGCGGGAGUGCAAUCAGUACUGCCGCUUCUGCAAUUCCGGAAGUUGAGUCGCCCUCACCCGAUCGAACGACCCUCGAUCUUGUGCAGGAUGCCAAGUCUCUGUCCGAAGAGCCUCACCUGAGCCCAAAGCCGUCCCCGCAGCUGGCUAAAGAAGAAUCCCCCAGAGGGACAGUGGUUGAUGAUGAGAAGAACGGGCUUAGUGAGUCGGCGUUUUCUGAAGCUGGUGAUUCGUCCGGUGUCCCAAAUACCCCUAGUCCUCCGCCUUCCUGGAAACGAAAGUCACCGGCACUAGUAGAGCGUGGCGCAGCUGAUACCGACACCCAUCUCGAGUCACCCAGUAAAAAGCCUAAGCUGGAAGAGGGCGAGCCGGGUCAUGUUCUGGAACAGCCGUCCCAGACGGGAACUAAUGGAAUCAACGGGGGGCCUGAAUCGGAGUCUCCUAUGGAGGCCGUGAACGGAUUCAAAGCCGGCGAUCAGUCCAGGCAUAUUACGGAGGAAGUUGAGGGCUCGACACCGGAGAUUGCUACCGAGCCUACAGUUACUCGAGGGUUCCGCGGCGGCCGGGUGCGAGGGCGAGGUCGUGGGGGACGCAGUAGGGGAGCCGCGCGCUUUGCAACGAACAAACGAGGACGAGGUGGUACUCGUAGUGGCCGUGGACGUACUGGUCGACAGCUUGACAGAUCGAGCGACGUGGAGCCUGAUCGUUCCCCUUCCCCUAGUGCAGCAACUCAGAAGCUGCGCGAUCGCCAGCGUGAGCUGGACAAGGCUUUUAAGAAAGUGGCUGCGGCCCAGCGUUUGGCUUUGGCGGUGCUGGCUACGCAAUCCGAGAAACGAAUCGCGCGAGAUAAGAACGCGCACAAGAAUGUGCCAGAAUUCGAGGAAGUCAACCGACAGUUGCAGGAGCGACUUCGGCAGAAGAAGGACAUUCUCCGUCGGGAAUUCGAACUCGAAGUGGAGCAAGAGAAUCGUCUGUUUCAAGCCUAUAGGGAAGUACUUGUGGAACGUUUCCAGGCAUCUGCACGCAAUAUCCGGGAAGAGCAUUUAAUAGCAAGCCAAGGGGCAUACAUGUCCUUCGUUAGAGGCCGCCGUGCUGCAGAAGACGAUGAGCACACCGAGACGGACGAAUCAGAAACCGAGCCAGAGCGAGGCCCAGUUGUGCCACCCGCGCGGGAAGUGUUCAGAGGGUUCAACUCAUCUUGUGUGCGCGUUCCCUCCGGGGCGGCUGCCUACGAACGUGCCUGGCUUGGUUGGGAUGAUUUCGUCCAGCGAGCUAAAGUGGGCGAGGACAUUGAUCCGCAGAUGAAGGAAAUGCGGGACCCAGGACCUUUUGCCGGCUUCACCUCGGAAGAGGUGAUCGAUCUGCUCGUGAAGGCGACUGGGGUAGUGGAUGUACGUGCAAAUUCAACGACAGGGGAGAUGCAGCCCCCGGUGUUAUAUGAUGUACGUCCUCGAGCAUUAUCGGCCUUGGCGGAUCUCGCAGCCGCUGAAGCUCCUCGACCCCCUCUCGCCGCUGCCCCCCGAUUCCCGCCAGCUCCGCAUCGAACCAUUCUCCCCCAACCUGCUUUGACUCAUGGUCCUCCGGAGCCUCGGGCUUUUGUCCUCCCUCCGCCCACGCCUCAGAGACAACAGCCCCGACGACUUCUCCCUGCCGGACAGCAGAUCCCGCCCAUCAAUGAGCAACUCGGCCUGCCCGAUCCCUUUGCCUCGAUGGGAGGACCACCUCAUCUUCCUCCUCCGCCAGGUUCCAACUUCCACCGACCUCCAAUUCCGGGCUACUUGACCGGACACCAUGCUCCGAGUCUCUACUACCCACCACCUCCACCUCCUCCACCACCUGGACCACGGCCCCCUUAUUAGCAACGCAGAGUCUAGUUCAACCGCUGUUCUCUGAGUAUGCAGAUGCUGAAUGUGUCGUGGAGGGUCAUUCCCGUCAUUGUUC